UCAAAAUAAAUAAAUAAACUUAAAUUUUUUUAUCUUGAUCUUGGGAGUUUUAACAUAUGCAUCUAGUAUACAUCAAGAAUCUUGUGAAUUUUUCCAACAGUGGGUAUAAAUUGAUCAGGGAUUUGUCUCACUUCAAACUGAGUUUAUAUAUUUCCAACAGGGACAUCACGUCAUAUUGGAAACUAAGGAACUAGUUCCAUGCUCAUCUCUGUUUUUCUAGAAACAUAAGGCUCAACACCCCAUCCUGAAAUAAAUUCCAGGUAGGAUAGUAAAUUACAUGUAAAAUAUGGAAACUUUUGUAUAAAAGGGACAUGUAAAAUAUACAACUACAUUAAUUUUUUUUAUCUUUGGUAGAAUUAUACAUGAUUCUUUUUCUUAUGUGUUUUACCAAUAUUCUACAAUAAGUAUGUAUUGUUUUAUUAAAAAAAAACACAAGUCAUAAUCAUGGGUAAGUUUUUCAAUGAAGUAAAAAUCAUAUUCAAGUACUCUAUACACAAAAAGGCACAAUGUCUGCUUUCUUCUGUAGAAAAUUCCUAAAUUAUUUGCACAUUACCUUCCCUGCCAGUUGAGUGGAAUUAUACAACAAAUGCCUUAUUUCUCAACAUUAACUCUUGUAAAUGACAAAACGUUGACCUCCACAAGCAGUUAUUGAAAAAGUUUACCUUCUAUAAACUAGCUUAAAAUAAGUAUGGAAACUGCAAAAUGAGAAUACCGUAUUAUGUUUUUAAAAGUUGGUGCCAGAUUAAAUAAAAUCCAACAGUAACUUUAAAUCCAAAUAUUAUUGAAAGAAUCUAUUUUAAAAAGCAAUAUACUUUUCUGGAGUAGUAGUGUAAACAGGUCGUUCAUACUUUUAUGGAAAGGGAAGAAAUUUAAGCAUGAUUUCAUUAAAAAUUCAUUUUAAAAUAAAAAUAAAAACUUUCAUAGUUUGAAGCCAGAUAGACCUGAGUUCAAAUUCUGAUUCUACAACUUAUUAGCUUAUAACCUUGUGUAAAUGGCUUAACUGUUCUGUUCAAUUUUCUUGUUAGUAAAAAUUGGUAAAAAUGGGAAAAUAAUCCCCUAUGCCCUAGGAUUAUAAAGAUUGGGGCUAAUAUAAGCAAAGCACAUAGCAAAUAGUAGAUGCCUGGAAAAUAGAGGGUCUUAAAUAAACAGUGGAUGUGGUGGUAAUGUUAUAGUACUAAAUGUUAUUGCUGUUGAAAUUAUUAAUAAAAUAUAAAUUUUAUCACUUAUGUGACAAGGCAGGAAAUAGUAUAUUAAACCUUGACAUGCCUGAUUUAUAGAUCUCUGGCCAGUUCUUGCAAAGGUCCUUCCUUCAUAUCUGUGCCUCUUUAGUGACUCUUCAUACACUCUAGAUUGACAACAAAUGAAGAAUGUUCACAAGCAGAACAAAUCCUAUGAAAACAAGCCAUCAUUCAGUUGUAACCACCCAACUGCACUCCUUACCUAGUCUCCCUCUGGCUCUGUAUGGAGCAGCCCCCAGCACCCAUCUCAGUCCCUGACUUCUAUCCAAACCCACCCAUAUGUUUCUUCACUUCUUAGCCCAAGUUCAGCCACCAGGCCUGGUGGGUGCCAGAACAGGCAGGCAUGGCCAAAUACAACAGGGCCCCUGGUUCUAGAAGAGGGGUGAGGUGCCUGGACCAAGAGUACUCUGGCGAAAAUGUCCAAAGUCUUUGCAGAGUAGUAGCCCUGCUCUGCCUCAUUUGAGCCUCAGCACAUACAAUCACUGUUUAUUGAACUAUGACUCACACAUAAGGAAACCCGAAUUUGGAAAUGAAACUGAGUGGCAAGGCAGGAAACCAGCCAAGAAACAGGGAACACAGUCAAGAGACAGGCUUACAGCCAGAGACCAUAGGACGUGGUGCAGAGUACUAUUUCUAAAGCUGGGGUCAAAACUCCUAAAGGUUAGAAAGAACAUUUUGAUCUGGAAAACACUGAAUAGCUUUUUAAUGAUAAUGCAAAGGUAUGAAUGGUCUCUUCUGCAUGCAGCACCUUCUUUCCAUAUUCUCCAAGUACUGAACCCUUUUACUGUCUUUUUUUUUUUCCAUAUCAUCUCCAGCAUAUCUUUACCUUAUUUUCUCCUAGCUUCCGCCUUCCUGUGUGAGGAAUCCUGACACACAUUCUACUUUCCCAGAAAUGGAGUGUCAUGUAUAUGUAUAGAAACAUAAAUAUGCACAUCUUGGAUUUGAAAACCAAAAUAAUCCAUGGACAUCUACUUGGUGAUAAGGUUGGGUGGAAAUAUAAAAUAGAGUAAAUUAGUCCUAUUUAUCUAUAAAGCAAUUCAUUAACUUAUUAAAAAUAUCUAUUGACUGCUAUGAGUUAGAUAUUGUUCUUAGAGUUGGGGGUAGCAUGGGGUAUGGAGGGAAAUCAGACAAGAACUAUGUUUUUAAGGAGCCUAGAUUCUAGCAAGGGGAGAAAGCACAGAAAAUAAGAUAAUUACAGACAGUGAUGAGUGCAGUAAAGGAAACAGAUACGGUAAGUACAAUGACAUCACCCAGGAGUGUUUAGGGUGGGAGGUGUUUUAUCCCCAUAAUAUUCAUCAACCCCACCACCACUAUUACUGAUCUUUGAGAAGACUACUGAUAGUCUCUCAGUCUAAUGUAAACUGCUAUGUAAAUGAAUCUUCAAGACACGUGUCAUAGCCCUUCCCACCAUCCCACAUUCUCAACCAGAUUAUUUAUUGUCCCUAAACUAUUCUUCAAUAAAAGUUCUGGAGCCAUCACAGAGUACUUAAUGGAAAGUGACUGGCUAUUUUAAAUAGAAUAGUCCAUACAGCUUCUCUAAGAAGACGACAAUCGACAAGACAAUCGAAUUGAAAGAUGAGAAAGAGGCAACUCCAGGAAGAGGUAGAGAAAAGUGUUCAAGGACAGGAAGGAACAUUAUGCAAAGGCCCUGAGGCAGAAAGAGUUUAUAGUGAACUCAGAGUAGAGAGAUCAGUGUGGCAGGGGAGGAGCUGGUGUUAAGAGCUAAGUGAGGUAGGUAGAAGCCAGAAGCGUUCUGGGCUGAACCAGAGGGGCCUGGCUAUAAGCAGGAGAGUGACGCUAUUUGAUUUACAGUUUUAACAGAUUUAACUCAGAAUUGAAAACAAAAAUGGAAACAGGAAGACCUCUCAGCAAAACAUCACAGUAGCUCAGAGGAAGAUGAUGAUAGCAUGGCCUUGUGGGCAGCUUUGGAAGGAGAAAUGGACAAAUGAGGUAUACCUUGGAGAUAAAACAGGUAGGACUUGCUAACUGACUGCAAGAAGGCAAGGGAAUGGGAGGAAUGCAGAGUAACUCCCAGGCUUAGGCGUAAGCAGUUGAGCAGAUCAUGGCCUCAUCGACUGGGAUAAGGAUGCCUAGGAAAGGAACUGGUUUGAGAAAUGGAAGGAGAAUCAAGAAUAAUUUGACAUAUUUGGUUUGAAAUGCCUAUUAGUGAUCACAACUAGUGAUGUCAAGUCUAGAGUAAGUGGAGAGAUCAGGACUAGAACUAUAAACUGGGGCACUGUCCACAGGAAAUACAGUUAGGGAUGAUGUCAAGACAUUUAUUAGGAUAAAACCUUAUAAAAUCAAGGAUCUAAAGAUGAAUGAAUAUAAUUUAUCAAAAAGAAAUAAUGCUUUAUGCACAAAGAUAUUUAUGGCAGCAUUAUUUAUGACAUUAAGUAAAGGGGGAAAACACUAAAUGUGUAUUUUGAAGCAGUUGAGUGCUUUAUCAAUGAAAUAUUAUUCAAUAAUUUAAAGUCUUGAGGCACCUGGCUGCAUCAGUCUGUAGAGCAUGUGACUCUUGAUCUUGGGGUUGUAAGUUCGAGCCCCAUGUUGAGUGUAGGGAUUACUUAAAAAUAAAAUCUUCAAAAAAUAAUAAUUUAAAGUCUUUACUAAGACUUCUGUGUAAGAAAGGGCUAUAUUUAUAUUAAAAUUCUAAGUGGGGAAAAAACACUAUAAACUUAUCCACAUGGCAUGAUCACUAUAUUAAAAUAUGAAUAAAAGGUUAGAAGGAAAUAUGAAAGGUUAAUCACGGUCAUUCUUUUUCUUUGAACUUUUUCAUAUUUUCUAUAAUUCCCAUUCUGUUUGAUAGCUUAAGUGAGUCUUAUGCUAAGGUAACAGACAACCCCCCAAAUUUCUAUGGCUUCACACAUAAAAUUUAUUUUUUGCUCAUCUCAAGUCCACUGUAGGUCAGGUCAGAUAUAGCAGAUAAUAAAAGAUGGCCACUAUCAGUAUUUACCCUCCCUGUACCACAUGCUACUCCCUAUAUCAAAUGUAGGAGUCCAAUUUCCCUUGCUUUGAAUCUGGAUUGGUCUUGGUGACUUGCCCUGAUCAAUAGAAUAUGGCAGCAAUGAUGGUGUGUGACAUCUGAGGAUAGGUCAUAAGAAAACUUUUAAUUCCUCCUGGGUCUCUUGGGACACACACUCUUGGGCUGCUUCCUCUCAGAACCUAGGACCCAUGCAGUAAGAAGCCCAAGACAUACAGGUGCUGUGGUUGAUAGCUCCAGAGCACCCAGUUGAUAGCAUCAAUUCUAACCAUUUUGGACCUCGAACUCAGGUGAGUGGUCAAAAGACUGCAGAUUUAGCCAACAACUUUCUGCAACAGUAUGAGAGACCCCUAGGGAGAAUGGUCAAGCCGAGCCCACUCAGCACACACAGAACUAUGGGAGGUAAUACAAAAUUAUUGCUUUAAGCCAGUAAGUUUUAGAGUUAUUUGACACACAGAAAUUGAUAACCAGAGUAUGUGACUACUUACUUUCCAAGGAAGCUGCUUUGCUCUUGUGGCUCCAUCAUCUCAACAGCUGGCCAUCAUUAUCAUCCUAAAGGAGAAGGCAGAACUAAAAGUUUACACAGGACCUUUCUCUACCUCAGCCCAGAAGGGAUAGAUAUCAUAUAGGCUGCCUAAAGCCUAUAGGUCAGCACAAAGUAAACAAGGAAAUAUAGUUUCUUGGUUAUGAGGCAAGGAGAAAAAAUGAUAUAAUGUCUACUAUGACUUUACAUUACUUUCACUUUUUAAUUGUAAAAUAUUCUAAACAUAACAAAAGAAUACAAAGACGAAAAUAAUAGGCAUCCAUGUACUCACUAACCAGACAUCAAACUCUUACAACCACACAAAAAAAGCCUUAUUAAAUGGCUCUGGAGAUCUUUCUGUAGAUGUUGGGUGAUAAUAGCUGAUUAUAACCCUUCAAAGGAUGUCGAGUUCAGACUCCUUAACAAACCCCUUCACUAUUGAAAGGGCGGGCCUACGCAGGCCGACUCCAUCUUGUUCUGUGUCCUUCACCUUGACCACACCUCCUCCCCUUGAGUAACUCCCCCCUCACCUGCCUAACAGGACUCGGACACUUCCCCAGCCAAUCGGCCGAGGCCAUAGCCAUUACCUCACCAACUGCCCCUAGGCCCCAAUAAAACCUUUGUCCUUUUGAAACUCGCUCUCCCUGGUAUCUCACCGCUGCGUCGUCGGUGCAGGUAGGGGAUUGAGCUCGAGCUAGCUCGAAUAAAGGCUCUUUUGCUUUUACAUCGGACUCGGCUCCCUGGCGGUAUUUGGGGAUCACGAAUUCUGGGCAUAACAUUUAGGGGCUCGUCCGGGAUCCCCAAGACCCCCGAGGGAGCCCCGACCUGGAGAGCCUGACUGGCCACGGUUAGUGUCUGUUUGUUCUGUCUUUUCUGUGUGAGCUCAUUUCUGGAAUUCUGGUAGGGCCCGACGCGGUCUAAGUGGACGCACUGGAGGACCACGGGCUGGGAGUUUCAGAAGACGUUCCGAUCCUCCCUUCUGGAGGGACGUGGAAUCCCCUCAAAGGUCUGAGACGAGGCGGGUCGCUCCCACUGGUCGGCGUGAGGCCGUCGUCUUUGGAGGGACGUGGAAUCCCCUCAUCGGUUUUGGAGGGACGUGGAAUCCCCUCAAAUGUCUAAGCUAGCUCUCAGUUUUGCUUCUAUGGAGUUGGAAGACUUUCUAGGGGCCCUCUGUUUGUCUGUUUUUGUGUUUCUCUGUUUUGUUCUGUGGACUUACUGGAUGGACAUUAUGGGACAGACUCAGACUACUCCUCUAAGUAUUAUGAUUGAUCACUUUAAGGAUGUGAGGGGAAGAGCUAACAACCUCAGUGUGGAAGUCCGAAAGGGUCGGUUGCAGUUUUUUUGUUCUAGCGAGUGGCCAACUUUCAAUGUCGGAUGGCCACCAGAGGGGACCUUCGACCUCCCUACCAUCCACCGAGUCAGGAGUAUCAUCUCUCAGCCUAAGACGGGCCAUCUUGAUCAGCUCCCUUACAUUAUCACUUGGCAGGACCUUGUAGAAGACCCACCCUCUUGGCUUAAGCCCUUCCUAGCCCCGCUCCCUCCAGAGCCAAACCCAUUCUUGCUUUGCAGGGGACAAAGAAGAAGAAAAGUCUUACCCAGCCUUCAGCACCCCUCUACCCUGUCCUACAGGGGGGUACUGAAGAAAAAUUAAUUUUUUCCUCCCCCGUAUAACCCCUCUAGGAUGCUGGAAGAACACCAUCCUCCCCCUCUGGGGGAGGCAGACGCUGUUCUGAGAGCGGGAGGCAGAAACGCUCCAGUGGGAAGCCCGCCCUUUACCAGACAAAGGGCUCAGAGGGAGCAACCCGCCUCCGCCGCCUACUCCACUAUUGUGCCCCUGCGAGCCACCGAACCCCCAGACGUGGAGGGGAAUCAGCCCCAUCACUAUUGGCCUUUCGCCACUAGUGACCUCUACAAUUGGAAAGCUCAUAAUCCUAAGUUUUCCGAGAAACCGGCAGGGCUUAUUGAUUUAUUAGACUCUGUUCUUUUUACCCAUCAGCCCACGUGGGAUGAUUGCCAGCAGCUUUUGCAGGUCCUGUUCACGACUGAAGAAAGAGAAAGUAUCCUCAAUCAGGCCCGAAAACUAGUUCCGGGCGCAGACGGGAAUCCCACCACCAACCAGGCUCAGAUAGAUGCCUCCUUCCCCUUAACUCGGCCCCAGUGGGAUUUCAACACAGCAGAAGGUAAGGAGAGGCUCCGGGUCUACCGCCAGACUCUAAUGGGGGGUCUCCGAAUGGCUGCUAGAAAGCCAACCAAUUUGGCCAAGGUAGGAAAUGUACAACAGGGAAAAGAUGAAUCUCCGCCUGCCUUUUUAGAAUGGAUCAUGGAGGCAUUCUGUACCUAUACCCCCAUGGAUCCAGAGGCUCCGGAAAGCAAUGCAGCUGUUAUCAUGGCCUUUGUAAACCAAUCGGCCAUAGACAUUAGGAGAAAAUUACAGAAAAUAGAUAGACUAGGAGAAAAAAGUCUGCAGGACUUACUGGUGGUAGCUAAAAAGGUAUAUAAUAACCGGGAGCCUCCUGAGGACAAGCAGGCUCGCGCCAUGGCGGCUGCCAGCAGUAAGCAGACUCGAGACCUGGCCAGAAUACUACUAGCUACCACUGCUGACUUCCCUGAGGAACGAGACCGCCGUCUCUGGCAGCUGGCAGACGACGCAAGAAAAGGUAAAGGAACCACCAAGGGGGGGAAGCAGAGGCUGCAGAAGGAUCAGUGCACAUACUGCAAGGAGAUAGGGCAUUGGGCCUGAGAUUGUCCAAAAAGGGCCGGCGGGAAGGGAAGCAAGACUGAUCGAGUAAAAGUCCUAGAGCUAGAUGAACUAAGUGAUUAGGGGAGUCAGGGUUCGGACCCUCUCCCCGAACCCAGGGUAACUGUUAAAGUGGAGGGGACCCCUGUUGACUUCCUUGUCGACACCGGAGCACAACAUUCGGUCCUCCGCACCCCACAAGGAAAACCAGCUAGCAAGAAGUCCUGGGUACAAGGGGCAACUGGUAUGAGCCAGUAUUCAUGGACUACCCGAAGAACAGUAGAUUUGGGAACGGGCCGGGUAUCCCACUCCUUUAUGGUAAUACCAGAAUGCCCCUACCCGCUGUUAAGAUGGGACUUACUGACCAAGAUUGGAGCUCAGAUAACUUUCAGACAAGGGGGGCCUCAGGUCACCGAUGGCAAGGGCCACCCCAUCCAGGUCCUGACCAUGAAACUGGAGGAUGAAUACCUCCUCCACCAGGAGGCGCUCCCGAGAGAGAAUAAUAUAGACAGAUGGCUACAAGAAUUCCCCUUGGUUUGGGCAGAGACAGGGGGGAUGGGACUAGCCGCUCACAGGACCCCAGUCCUGGUAGAGCUCAAGCCAGGAGAGAGUCCGGUAAGGAUCAAACAAUACCCCAUGUCUCAGGAGGCCUGGAAGGGGAUCCAGCCACACAUCCAGAGACUACGAAGCCUAGGGGUACUAGUUCCUUGCCAGUCUGCCUGGAACACCCCCUUACUGCCGGUCAAAAAGCCUCACACAAAUGACUACCGACCAGUACAAGACCUCCGGGAAGUAAAUAAGAGGGUCGUGGACAUACACCCAACUGUUCCCAACCCAUAUACUCUCUUGAGCUCCUUGGCACCCUCCAGGGUCUGGUAUACUGUACUAGAUUUAAAGGACGCCUUCAGUCUGCCGUUGGCACCCCAGAGCCAACCCUUGUUCGCCUUUGAGUGGCAUGAUCUGGAGGAGGGCUACAGUGGGCAACUCACCUGGACACGGCUACCUCAGGGAUUCAAAAAUUCACCCACCAUCUUCGACGAGGCACUACACGAGGACCUGGUAUUUACAGAUACCUUCUCUGGCUGGGUGGAGGCAUACCCAGCCAAGCAUGGAACGGCUCAGACGGUGGCUAAGAAGCUACUAGAAGACAUCUUACCCAGGUAUGGUUUUCCUGCCAUGGUAGGAUCAGACAAUGGACCAGCUUUUAUCUCGCAGGUAACACAGGCAGUAGCCAAGGCGGUGGGGGCAAACUGGAAAUUACAUUGUGCUUAUAGGCCCCAGAGCUCAGGAUAGGUAGAAAGAAUGAAUAGAACCCUAAAAGAGACCCUUACCAAAUUAACCAUGGAGACUGGCGGGGACUGGGUGACUCUCCUACCGUACGCCCUUUACCGGGUUAGAAACACUCCUUACACUCUGGGUUUUACUCCCUACGAGAUCAUGUUUGGCAGGCCACCCCCUGUUAUUCCCAGCCUUCGAGCUGAACUUAUUGCUGAGUUUAAAGAUCAAGAACUUUUUCUUUCCUUGAGAGGGCUCCAGAGGGUGCACGAGGACAUUUGGCCACGCCUCCGUGCCAUCUAUGAGGCUGGCCCGACCCCGACACCUCAUCAGUACAGGCCGGGAGACGGUCUAUGUCAAGAGGCACCACCGAGAGACCCUCGAGCCGCGCUGGAAGGGACCCUACAUCGUGGUGUUGACAACCCCCACCGCUCUCAAGGUAGACGGCAUCGCGACCUGGGUCCAUCACACCCACGUUCGGCCAGCGGACCCCUCCUCGAUCCGGAAGGACUUUGUCACGCGAUGGGCCAUCAGUCGGGACCAACACAACCUGCUCAAGCUCAAGCUACAGCGCAUUCGACCCACCUAAUAUUGGUAACUCUGUUAACUCUGCUUGUCAUUGCUCAUGCUGCCGGGAGUCCCCACGCCCCUCAAAACAUCACCUGGCAGAUCAUAGACACCAGCUUGGGGACAAUACUUAAUCAGACCUCCCAGAGCCACCCCAGGGACACUUGGUUCCCAGAACUUUGCGUAAACCUCCAAACUCUGUUCCCCUUGUCACCAUAAAUGCAGCCGGUCCCAUGAUUGGGUCCCUCAGCUACAUGACAAGGGGGGAAUGAAAGGGCGGGCCUACGCAGGCCGACUCCAUCUUGUUCUGUGUCCUUCACCUUGACCACACCUCCUCCCCUUGAGUAACCCCCCCCUCACCUGCCUAACAGGACUCGGACCCUUCCCCAGCCAAUUGGCUGAGGCCAUAGCCAUUACCUCACCAACUGCCCCUCG